AUGGAGAAAAGGAAAAAGAGAGUAAAGUUUUCUCUUCCUCCAGAUAUAAUCUUCCAGAUACUUAAAGAGAUUCCAGUAAAAAGUUUGCUAAGAUUGAGGUGUGUUUCGAAGCUCUGUUGCUCCAUUAUUGACGAUCCCCUUUUUGUUCAGUCGCACCAUACUCGUUCCCAUACUCGCCCUGGCGGUAUCAGUAUCGUCCUCUUUACUUCACAUCGCGAUCACCGUAAUGCUACUUACUGUUAUAGACUCUUCUCAGUAAACCCAGAGGGAGACUCUGUCCAUCGCAUUCUAAAGUUUCGCAACCUAUUUUUAAAACAGCCACAGUAUGUUAACGGCUUGAUCCUUAUCGACGGCUGCAUAUGGAACCCUAGCACACGAGAAUGCAUUGCCAUCCUAUACAUGAGCAACACUAAAGCUUCCUCUGAUCCCGAAUACUUGCUAGGGUUUGAACCUUCCACUAACAGGCAUAAAGUCCUUCGCUACAUUAUUACUAACACAAGAUUCCAUUACAAGAUUUUGACUCUCGGCAACGGCCCUAACGACAACUCCUGGAGAGAUAUUGAUGAUGAUUUUAUCCAGUAUGGUACUCGUUUUCACCGUGGUUCUGAUUGUUGUUGCAUUGGGGGUGUUAUAUAUUAUUUAAAUAUUGGUAACUCGGUUGAGCUAGUGGCUUUUGAAGUCGGACGCGAGAAGUUUUCCUUCGUGCCUCUCCCUGAAGGCACAAGUGGCGGUAAUUUAAUUGAAGUAGGACAACGUUUGGCUCUGGUAGAUUUUGAUGUGACCACAAUUUGGAUAUUAGAAGACUGCGACAAGCAAAUGUGGAACAAACAGAGCCUCACAAUGACGUUGGGUGGGAGGCCACUAAAAGAUGAUUAUGGUUGGUCCCAGUUGGUUCCAUUCAUACGACUGAGAUAUUAUUCAAGUAUUAUUAUUUUCAAGAUAGGUCACAUCUGUGCUAUUAUGAUCUGGAAAGCAACAAGUUAA